AAACCAAAACGAGGCAAUGUACACUUCCGGAGUAGCAAGUAACAUUUUUUACGGUCGCGAACAAGUGGCAUUGAUAUCUAUUUUAUCUCAGUUUUCUAUUGAUAAUUUCGAAAAAUGAAGACAGAAUAAUGUUCAUUUGAAAAUUUGUAUACAUGAGCUCAAAAUGUUUAAAAUAUAAACUCCCCGGUAAUUGUCCUCCGGUGUGUUUUCGUUCAGUGUAGUUUCGUAAUCCGGGCAUCGGUCCUUCCUUUACCAAAAAUUCAACAUGGCGGACAUGACAGAUGAACAGCUUGCUGCUAUCAAGAAGAAGAGGCAGUUCAGGAAAUACACCUACAGAGGUGUCGAUUUGGACCAACUCUUGGAAAUGUCCAGCGAACAGUUGAUGGAGCUGGUUACCUGCAGACCUAGACGUAGGUUCUCACGUGGUCUGAAGCGCAAGCCUAUGGCCCUCAUCAAGCGUCUGCGUAAAGCCAAGAAAGAAGCACCUAUCUUGGAAAAACCUGAGUGUGUGAAGACUCAUCUCAGAGACAUGAUCAUCGUACCUGAGAUGAUCGGCAGUAUCGUAGGUGUCUACAAUGGCAAAACAUUCAAUCAAGUAGAAAUCAAGCCAGAGAUGAUUGGUCACUACCUUGGUGAGUUCAGUAUCACAUACAAGCCAGUCAAGCACGGUAGGCCUGGUAUUGGAGCCACCCACUCUUCCAGGUUUAUCCCACUCAAAUAGACCACAUACAUUAUCAUUGGACUAUACAAGUUAUAAUGUACAAAAAAAUAAAAUAAAAACAGCUCUGUGCACUCAA